UCCAGUCGGGACACGUCGCGGUUGCACGCGGGAACCCUGUGCGAGAUGGCGGUCGACGUUCAGGCCGUGUAGGACUGUCACGGAUCCGCUUUGUUGGUUACAUUUCUGCCUUAUUGAAACCCGCCUCUGAGCCGAGUCAUGGAGGGGGGCAAACCGAACCUGACCCUGGUCUACCAGGCGGUCCAAGCCCUGUACCACGACCCGGACCCGGCCGGGAAGGAGCGAGCCUCGGUGUGGCUCGGGGAGCUACAGAGAUCGAUGUACGCGUGGGAGAUCUCGGAUCAGCUGCUGCAGCUCAAACAGGACGUUGAGUCGUGUUACUUCGCUGCGCAGACGAUGAAGAUGAAGAUCCAGACGUCCUUCUUUGAGCUUCCGCCGGAGACCCACAAUGCACUGCGGGACUCUCUGCUGACCCACAUCCAGAACCUGAAAGACCUGUCCCCCAUCAUCGUCACACAGCUCGCUCUGGCAAUCGCAGAUCUCGCCCUGCAGAUGGCGUCGUGGAAAGGAUGCGUUCACACGCUCAUAGAAAAGUACAACAGUGACGUCAGCUCGAUGCCCUUCCUGGUGGAGAUCCUCACCGUGCUGCCGGAGGAGGUUCACAGUCGAUCGCUGCGGAUCGGAGCCAAUCGCAGGACGGAGAUCAUCGAGGAUCUGGCGUUUUACUCCAGCACCGUGGUCACUCUGCUGACGUCGUGUGUGGAGAAGACGGGCAACGACGAGAAGAUGCUGAUCAAAGUGUUCCGUUGUCUGGGCAGCUGGUUCAACCUCGGCGUCCUCGACAGCAACUUCAUGGCUUCAAAUCAGUUGCUCAUGGUUCUUUUCCAGGUCCUGCAGAGGGAUGAAACCUCCACCAACCUCCACGAGGCGGCGUCGGACUGCGUCUGCUCAGCACUCUACGCCAUAGAGAAUGUCGACCACCACAUGGCGUUAGCGGUGCAGCUGUUCCAGGGCGUCCUGACGCUGGAGACGGCGUAUCACAUGGCUGUAGCACGAGAAGACCUGGACAAAGUUCUGAACUACUGCAGGAUCUUCACUGAGCUGUGUGAGACGUUUCUGGAGACAACAGUCAGGAGUCCAGGUCAGGGGACAGGAGACCUGAGGACGCUUGAGCUGCUGUUGAUCUGUGCAGGACACCCACAGUAUGAGGUGGUUGAAAUCUCCUUCAACUUCUGGUAUCGUCUCGGGGAACAUCUGUACAAAAUCAACGACGUGACACUAAACACCAUCUUCAGACCGUACAUCCAGAGACUUCUGCACUGUUUGGCUCGACACUGUCAGCUCGACCCCGAUCAUGAAGGAAUCCCCGAGGACACGGAUGACUUUGGAGAGUUCCGGAUGAGAGUGUCGGACCUCGUCAAAGAUGUGAUUUUUCUCGUUGGAUCAAUGGAAUGUUUCUCUCAGCUUUACUCCACACUAAAAGAUGGAAGCCCUCCCUGGGAGGUGACGGAGGCCGUUCUCUUCAUCAUGGCCGCCAUCGCUAAAAGUGUUGACCCGGAAAACAACCCGACGCUGUGUGAGGUUCUGCAGCAGGUGGUUCUACUUCCCGAAAACGUCCACAUGGCGGUUCGGUACACGAGCAUCGAGCUGGUUGGAGAGAUGAGCGAGGUGAUGGACAGGAACCCACGGUUUCUGGACCCAGUGUUGAGCUACCUGAUGAAAGGCCUCAGAGAAAAAUCGCUAGCGUCAGCGGCGGCGAAGGCGAUCCACAACAUCUGCUCCGUGUGCAGAGAUCACAUGGCCCAACACUUUCACGGGCUCCUGGACAUCGCACGCUCCCUGGACUCGUUCGCCCUGUCGUCAGAGGCCGCCAUCGGACUGCUAAAAGGUACGGCUCUGGUCCUGGCUCGUCUUCCCCUGGAGAAGAUCGCGGAGUGUCUCAGUGACCUGUGUGCUGUUCAGGUGCUGGCCCUGAAAAAGCUUCUGGCAGAAGACUCGACAAACGGUAAAUCGGCCGAUCCCACGGUGUGGCUCGACAGACUGGCUGUGAUCUUCAGACAUACAAAUCCAAUCGUAGAGAACGGACAGACUCACCCGUGUCAGAAGGUCAUUCAGGAGAUCUGGCCCGUGCUCUCCAACACCUUGAACACGUAUCAGGCCGACAACAGGAUCGUGGAGCGAUGCUGUCGCUGUCUCAGGUUCGCGGUCAGGUGCGUCGGGAAAGGCUCCGCCUCCCUGCUGCAGCCGCUCGUCACUCAGAUGGUGAGUGUGUACCAGCUGUAUCCACACUCGUGCUUCCUCUACCUGGGCAGCAUCCUAGUGGACGAGUACGGUAUGGAGGAGGGCUGCAGGCAGGGACUGCUAGACAUGCUACAGGCACUCUGUAUGCCGACCUUCCAGCUGCUGGAGCAACCAAACGGUUUGAGGAACCAUCCUGACACCGUGGACGACCUGUUCAGGCUGGCGACUAGGUUCGUGCAGAGGAGUCCGCUCACGUUACUCAGCAGCAGCAUCAUCGUUCACGUUAUCCAGUGUGCCAUCGCCGCCACCUCACUGGACCAUCGAGACGCCAACUGCAGCGUCAUGAAGUUUGUCCGUGAUCUCAUCCACACAGGAGUCGCCAACGAUCACGAGGACGACUUCGAGGUGCGGAAGCAGCUGAUUGGUCAGGCCUUGGAGCAGCACGGCCAGCAGCUCGUCACGCAGCUCAUGCACUCGUGUUGUUUCUGUCUGCCGCCGUACACGCUGCCCGACGUCGCAGAGGUGCUGUGGGAGCUCAUGAUGUUCGACCGACCUACGUUCUGCCGCUGGUUAGAAAACGCUCUGAAAGGUUUACCGAAGGAGACGUCAGGAGGCGCCGUGACUGUCACUCACAAACAGCUGACGGACUUCCACAAACAGGUCACCAGUGCAGAGGAGUGUAAACAGGUCUGUUGGGCCAUCAGAGAGUUUACCAGACUGUUCCGAUAGCUGCACCCUUCACAUCACACCAGGUUAAAUGUUUCGUUGACCAACGUUCAGAGGUGACGACAAACGGCUGCUUCUGCAGACGAGGAUCAAAGGGACGAGACGGAGGUGACGGAGACGACCACAGUGGCGACGAAGAUGGUCAUUGGUUGACGGAGACCGGGGACUUUAAAAAGUGAAACGGGAAGAAUCACUCUGAAGGACUGACGGAGUUUGAGUCCUCCCCCUGACCUCACCUGAGGAGGGCGUCAGGUGGGCGGGGCCUGGAGGAGUCCUGUUGCGGGGUCUCCACUCGUGAGAAAUCAUGGACGUUUUUAAGAGAUUUAUUUUUUCGGACUUUGGUCGUGAUGUUUUUUGUCCGUGCCAACAAUGAGCCAAAAAAAAAUUCCCAUAUUGCUUUUGGGCGAUCGGCUGCCCCAGAAGGCCUGAUGGAGGAUUUGGCGUCACCUUUGACCUUUUUAACUUUGGUUGAAUUUUAGUUGUUUUUUUUUUUUUCCACAAAGUGAGACAGAGUGAACUGUGGGUAAUGAGAGACUGACACCAUGACAUCAUCGGUGAUGUAGCCUUGUUGUAAACAAUAAAAAAAAAAACGACUGAAACAACUA